ACAGACUCUUCCUAGCCCCGCAACUGAAGCACAACCGCAUUGGAUGAUGCGAGUAGCAUUGGGAAGAAAGCCGCAAAAACGGUUGACGAUUGGGAGAAGUGAUGGGUUUGAUGCAUUUGACAAGAAGUAUGAGAAUCAGCUGGAGCGCUUUUUGGGAGCCUUGGUGCAAGCAGAUCACAGGUUGAUUGGGGCUGAUGAUGCCAGACAUAGAAUCCAAAUUGUCGAUUGCAGCUUGGGCCUGGAAGGAGAACUUGGGGUGGGCGAAUUCAUCGAGUAUGUUUAUGGCCGACUUGAUGCAGUUUUAUCUCAAAGAAGCCCAUGGGAGACUCGCUUCAGGGAAUUGGAAGCAUUUGUCAAGGAGAACGGGAGGCUUCCUCGAUUGCAGGGAGCUGGUUGCGAUCGUGCUGAGACAGUGCUGGGAUACUGGUUGAAGCAUCAAGGUAAGCGCGUCAGGUUGCAGCAAAUGCCAGCCCACCAACUUCAAAGACAUCUGAAUGCAAGAUCCGAUCUUAUCCGCAGGCGUGCUGAAGGCUGGAUGGCCGGUGGCUUUGUUGGCCGCUUCAAGCAGAAGUGCCGAGAGCUGAAGGAGUACAUAGAGACGAAUGGCAAACUUCCAACCAGGACGCGAACUAAGCGCAACUCUUCCAGCAACCGGCUGGCGAGGUGGCUCGAGGAUGUUCGAGACAAGGGAUCGUGUGCCAAGCCUGAGAGGAGGAAGAUGCUGGAGGAAGUGCAUCCUUUAGUGAAAGAGCUCCUCCAGAAAUGGGACCACGCCCCUCUCAAAAUCAGCAGGGUAAAAUGGGAAAAGCAGUUGGAGAAAGUCCUCCACAUCGUGAACAAGAACGGGCAGCUCCCGAAACAACCGUCGGAAACAGCAGAGUACGAUUGGCUCAGAGUGCAACUCCUACGACUCGACGUUUUGCCGCCUGAGCUGGCAAAGCGACUUCGUGGCUCCCAUCCACUCAUCGCAGCAGAAGCUGCCAGGACCUCAAGGUGUUGAUGUUUGUGAGUGAUACUGUAUCCAAAGCGUGCGAAAGGCUUUCUUUUUGUUAGGGGGCUUAGGUAGUGACAACCUAGCUAGCAGGUUGUAUUUUCCUUUUUUCCUACCCACGAGGCCAGGGGCCGCAGAGGUGUGACACCAUUGG